AUGUCCAUCGCAACAGAAAACAAUUUCAGGAAUGCGUUCAGUUCGUUUGGCGCUCAGGGAGGGUUUGCCGCCACGGACAGCACUACAGGGUCUGGAUCCACAGGAGGAGCGUUUGGCCAUGCUUCGGAUUGGUUCGGUGGCGUCAGAAGUCAGGUCGCUGGAUAUGUGCCCGCCUCUCUAGGAGGCAGCGGUGGGCAGCCCCAAGAGGAGGACUGGCUGGGAUUGACGUGGUUUCAGCGCAUGGCUGGAUUCGCGCUAUGUGUGGCAGGCGGUGUAGCGUGCUUCAUGAUUGCGUUCUUUGUUGGCUUGCCCAUGCUUGUGCUCAGCCCAAGCAAGUUUGCAACGAGCUUUACGCUGGGACCUAUGGCACAUCUCAAGGCGCUUACAUCAAGAGAGCGACUACCAUUCACAGGCGCAUAUGUUGGAUCUAUGGUCUUUACUCUCUACGCCAGCCUGAUAGCAAAGAGCUUCUUCUUGACGGCCAUUGGAACGAUAAUUGAGAUUCAAGCAUUAGCCUGGUACUUUAGGUCGUACUCACCAUUCACAGGAAGAUCCAUUGGACUCGGAUCCAGUAUGGCAGGAGGGUUACUUCCUAUUUAG